GAUUUCCCUCCACCGCCGGCCGCCGUAAUGGGAGCCGGAAAGCGGAACACAGAGAUCAAGAAAAUUGAGAACAAAUCAGCGAGGUACGUUUGCUUCUCCAAGCGCCGCGAGGGACUGUUCAAGAAGGCUCAGCAAUACCACAAAAUCUCUGGGCCCCUCAUUGCGGUACUGGUCUUUUCUCCUACUGGAAGAUCCUACGUCCAUGGCUCCCCUUCCUUCGACCCCAUCAUUGACCAAUUCCUUCACAGCUCCACCGCGGCGUCAAUGACGACUAUGACAGCCGCCGGCACCAGCAGCACCGGCGGGAGCUGUAUGACGGAGCCCUCUGUUUCCGACUCUGCCUCUACUACUAACAACGUGGGUUUGAGAGAACAGGUGGAGGCGAUCAAAUUGGAAGGGUGUGACAGUUUGGAGGAGCUGUUGGAGAUGAAGAGGAAACUGGAAGAGGUUAGAGAGACGGUGCUAUGCAGUUUCGCGGACUCGCUCAUCUCAGCAUUCUAGAGUUUUCAAAGAGGUCAUUUUGAUAUAAUGAUUGUCUAUUUUACUUGCCUCUAAAUAUCUCAGAGUGCCUUUCGGAUACUUUAACCCAUAGCUACUGAUUUAUCAACAGUUCCAAUUACUUGGGUUCUUUCCCUCAGUGGAAUAGAAAGCAUGUGCCAUAUUUACUUGUGUUUUGUUUUCCUGGGCAGCCUAAAUCACUCUGCUAAAGGCUUAUGAGAUUUUGACUUGUCAAGUGAUAAAUAUUAGACCAUGUCUAGUUUCUUUCCUGAA